GAUGCUGCGUCAAAUCUCCGCUAAAUUGCGGCUCGCUCGCGGUUAAAUCCCUCCUGAUUAAAACAGCGGCUGCAGUCGUGACCGGAUGUUGCAUGUUAACGGCGAACUUGACUCGUACCUUCAUCGAACCAGGCGGAACUGGACUUGCGACGGGGACCAUGUAGUACCAGAGGAGAACCAUGAGAACGGAGGAGAAGCGGCAGGUGAGCUGCAGCUGGCAUCACGAAGAUGACGGUGAACUCCGACAGCAACGUUUAUUGUGACGCUUGUCAACGCAUUAAUGAACAUCUGCAACGGUUUACUGACAUAAAUAAACGUGAUGUUCCUUGCGAGCACUACACACUCCACAGAGGUGCGUUGAAGGCCGAGCUGCGGCGGGCGGAGCUGUCCGGUGCUGAAACUGAGAGUAGAAAAGCUCAUGUUGGAUUUGGAGUUGGUGAAGAUGUGAGUUCAUGAGUUUUCAUGAUGAUGUGGACGAACAUUCUGCUGCUGCUUCUGCCGACACUGGAAGCUGCAGUGGCAUCUCAAUGCUGGCAAGGGGCGACCUUCUCAGAGGCAGUGGUGUCUCCAGCAGUGGCGAGUGGCGGGAUCCUGCGGGUGCCCGGGGUGUCUUCGAUGCCACAGUGUGUGGCGGCGUGCUGCGACCUGCCCGGCUAUGACCUAGCGUGGCUGUUCGAGGGUCACUGUUAUAUCCUCCGCUGCCAGCAGGUGGAGACCUGUCGACCUCAUGAGAGACCCGGGGCCGACUCGGUCCUGGUCUUCCUGCGCCGGGCCUCACCCAAGACCCUGAUGCUGGAGUCCCUGGUGCACGGAGAGCCGUACGGCUGGCGGACUCACUCUCGGUCCUCCUCUGAGAACCUGGAGGCACUCAAGCACUUGGCGCUCUUUGAUGGACGAGACUUCUCAGAGCCGGUGGACUACUUGGAUGAGAGCCCAGAGCAGAGAGGAGGGGCUAAAGGAGACGCGCUGGAACAGGCAUUCUUUAGCCAGUUAGCAGUGACCAACAGAACCGAAGAGUUCAACCAGUCAGAGGUGAGCGUGGGCCCAACAGAGAGCACCCUGGACCUGAACCACGACACAACUGUCCAGGAUGUGGACCGAACCACGACACCCUCUGACCCUGCUGCCAACAGAACUACCACAUUACUGUCACUGCAACUAAUGACUGACGUCAACAACCGCACCAGCUCUGCCACAAACACACGGCUCUGGACCAGCGACACCCCAACAGAACCACCAGAUACACCACCACCGGCAGAUCCUCCUCGGACUGUGUCAAUGGGACACCUCAGUGGACCAGCAGAGCCAACAACUGGGCCAACAACAGCCACAGUGAUGAUGCCCCACUCUUCCUCCCCCUCCCCUGCUCCGGCCACCAGACCCGGAGAGCCAAACCAGGGGCCCGUGGCGGUUGUGGGUCCAGACAGGACUCUGGUUCCUCCGGUGGACAGCUUGUUGCUCGAUGGCAGCGGCAGCACCGACGACCACGGCAUCGUCCGCUAUCGCUGGGACUUCGUCAGUGGACCACCAGGGUUAAAGAUGGAUGGUUCGGAUCAGGCGGUCGCCACGGCGACUGGACUGAGGGUGGGACGUUACACCUUCAGACUGACCGUGAGCGACCAGGAGGGGGCGACAGACAGCGGCGUGCUGACUGUCAGGAUCCAGCAGGCCAAGAUGCUCCCUCCCGUGGCGCACGCGAGCGGCAGCCACACGCUGACGCUGCCCAACAACUCUCUGGUGCUGCGUGGCUCAGUGACGGACGGCGACCAGACGCAGCUCACCUUCCUGUGGGUCCGAGACGGUCAGAGUCCGGCGGCCGGGGUCAGUGAAACGCACACCGAAACUCACUUGAGUCAUGAGUCUUGGGAGACAGUUAGGGAGGUGUCACUUCCUACCCCCCCUCCUCACGUGCAGGACGUCCUGUAUGAGUCAGACUCCUCCUCGGCUCUGUACCUGGCUAACCUGGUGGAGGGGACCUACCUGUUCCAGCUGAGAGUGACGGACGCUCAGGGCCGCUCCAGCAGCAGCACCGCCACUGUGGAGGUCCAGCCAGAACCUGGUGCGGGUGAGCAGGUGGAGCUGGAGAUGCUGGUUCCAGUCUCUCAGAUCAGUGUUGUUCAGAGGAACACGGUCGUGCGGCAGCUGGCUGCUUUGAUCCACAUCCUGGACUCGGACGUCCAGGUCCGGUCUCUGCAGGGCCAUUCUCACCUCAGCUCUGUGCUCAGGUUCUGGGUGCGAGGCCCGUCAGGUCCAAUGUCCAGCUCCAGUCUUGUGCGUCUGUUGAGGAACCAGCUGCUGAAAGAGAAGAGCCACUUCCUGCUCUUCAGAGUUCUGAGAGUGGACACAGUGGUGUGUUUCCUGGGCUGCUCUGGCCGAGGUCAGUGUGAUCCAGUCACCAAAGAGUGCUCCUGUGACCCCUUCUGGACCCAGAACCCGAUCCGCCGCUACCUGGGUGAUGGCGAGAGCAACUGUGAGUGGAGGGUCCUUUACGUCAUUGUGACCAGCUUUGUGGUCGUGGUUGUGAUCCUGUGUGUCGGCUGGACCUUGUUCUGUUGCUGUAGGAGGAGUCGACAGAGCAAAGCGAGGAGGAAAACUCGCUACACGGUUCUGGACAACAUGGACGAGCAGGAGCGGGUCGAGCUGAGACCCAAAUUCAGUAUCAAACACCGCAGCACGGAGCACAACUCCAGCCUGAUGAUGUCGGAGUCGGAGCUGGACAGUGACCAGGACGCCAUCUUCAGCCGAGACCGACCUGCCCGCACCCGGAACCGCAUCAGUGCUGCCCGCAACGGCAACGCUUUCGGAUGAUAUUCAUGAUAUUCCUCGAUGCCGUACUUGGAGCCCUCGCGACCCAAACCCGACUGCUUUACUCCCCCGAAGGUGGCCUCGGGGCAGGACAGCAGACCCUCGUUCACCCCCACGAUGCCCACCUCCAAGGCUUCUGCCACUCUCCAGAUCUGCCCCACGUCCUGUGAGUAGAAGUAACCUGCAGAAGAAGGUGGUCUGAGACACUCAGUCCCACUUCCUGGUUGGUGCACGCUUGAGAAGAGCGCAGCAUUAAAAUGACUCCGACUCCAACACUUCCUGUUUUGUGGUUCUCCUUCAACAAACCCUUUUUCCCACAUGAUUCCCCCCUUCACUCACCUGCCAGUCCCACGUUGGAGGCGUUGGCGAUGGCCACUGCUUCCUCCUCUGUGUCGAACCUGCCGGCAGGAGAUGGGCAGUGAGGGCGGGUCACAUGACGAGCGACUACAGAACCGGUACCGACCUGACGACGGGAACCAGCGGCCCGAACGUUUCCUCCUUCAUACACAGCAUGUCGGCAGUCACGUCCGCCAGCAGGGUCGGCUCCAUGAAGGAGCCGUGCAGCCGCUUCCCGCCUCUCAGAACCUUCGCCCCGUGAGCGACGGCAUCAGAGAUCUGGUGCGCCACCUGCAGGUCAAGCACAGCCCUGCUCAGCGGUGAGUCCACCGGAACCACAGCGUCACCGACCUUCUCUGCGGCUCUGGUGUUGAUCAGCGGCCCCUGGGUGGUGUCG